AUGUUUAUAGAGUACCUCUGCAAUGGCACUCUGCAACGUCUGUCUUUGAAGCCGGAUCGCGUCGACUCGGGCUUUGCAGCACCGAUUCGUGUCCACGAAAAGCUGUUCCUGCUGAGCAUCUCGGUUGCUCACCGCCCGAAGGAUCCAAAUGCCUCUUGCACAAUAUUCCACUGCUCCUCUAGCCCACAGCUCUCCAUUCCAACCGAUCUCCUUCCAAAAAAGGUGUGA